CUUCCCAACUGGCACCCUUAAAGCUAUUGUCCUAAAAGUUCUUCCCAAUGACCCCAGACUGGUGCAAGAAUCGCCACAAGUCAUGGAACAACGCAAGAAAUCAGUGAGGCACCUGUUGUAGGAGGCAUUUAAGCCACAUCAUCCUACCGCCGGGAUUGUCCUUUACUUUUGUUACGACUUAGCUGUCCCUAUAGAUGAUAAAGAUAUCAAAGGUGGUGCAAUGCUACCACGGUCGAACUCGAAGGACUUCACUAUUGAAGCUAGUGGAGGGAGAUCAAGCCCCUUUGUCGAAAUGAGGAAGAGGAAGGCGUCUGAUGGGAUCCAUAUCAGAGAUCCUAUAGACCCUACUCCUCUCCGUCAGGUACCUCCGCAGAGCUCUACCAAGGCAACAGAGCCUCCUCCUCCAUCGAAGAGGAGAAAGAGUGGUUUUAAUCCUCCAAGAGCAUCUGAUAAGGAGACAAGCAUACUCCAAAACGAUGGAAGGUCCACCGAACAGGGUGAGAGCACGACAGCUGGAGAGCCGACCCAUACUGCUGAAGAGCAAAGGCCUUCCAUUCAUCCACAGACCGAUGCCGAGGCUUCUUCCGCCAUUAAGGAUUUAUCUCCAAGUCACCCACAUCAUCCAGUGGUGGGCCACUAUGACCGUGAACCGUCUAUUGCUUAAGAAGCAUCCACCCUGCUUCAAAGGAGCGAGGCGGUGUACCACGGCCACGGGCCAAGUUGCGCACCAGCCGAUAGAGGGGACGGCAGCUCGAGGAGGGCUGCAACAGAGAGUGAUGUGAAUAAGCUGCUUGGUUAAGUACCCGCGUGGGUGCCAGAGGGUGAGGAACACCAGUGCCCUCCACACUUUGGUUUUACCAAAGGCUAUCCCAUCGAUGAGACAAAGGCUAUCGGCAGCGUUGAUGACACGGAGGAGGAGACCGAGUGGGUCGAAUCUACUCCCGUAGUAGACACUUUACUGAAGCGUCUCCCUCGGAUGAUCAAAGAUCUGCAGGAAUUCCAUCACGAUGCCACACAGAUCUUGCGGCCGAAUAUGGAGACAUGGGGGAAACGCAGCUGUGUGAAGUCGCAAUACAUUAAGGACACCGGGGACGUGGUUACGAGCCAUGUAGAUCCUGCGAAGCGGAUAAGGGAGCUGCCAUGCAAUAAGGAUGAAGCCGAAGAGCGGGCACAAGCUGCCGAACCUGAGAUUGCGUGCCUCAAUGGUGACUACGAGCGAGCCAUGUACCUCACUCAGGCGGAGUAUGAAGAAGAGCGUGUGCAGCUUGCGGCAGAGGUGGAGUCUCUCCGUGCCAUUGUCGCAGAGUCAGGCGUCUUUCGUUCCGCCAACGAGGAACUGCGGGCCCGUGUCUUGCAGCUGGAGGAGGACGCGAGGAAUAACACUCUUGCCCUCGACGCUCAGGAGAAAAUGAAGGAAAAACUCAGGACAACAGAGGUCCUUCUAACACAAGCCAGAGAAGCUGCUGACUCCAACAACAAGAUGGCUAACAAGUAUGAGCAUGGUUGGUCUCGUGUAUCUGCCGCCUCUACCCUUGUUGCGGAUGCCAUUCUAGGCGACACCCGUAUCUCUGGAGACAAGGAGCUGGAUCGUCUGAACAAGGCUCAUGUGGAGGCAGAGGCUUUGAUGGCCACGGCAAGAGCAACCUGCACUGCUCUGUUCCCGGACACAGAUAUUGGAAGGAAUGCAGCUUCUGUCGCCAACGUCAUGAUUGACGGGCCGUCAGAGUUCCACAAGUGGAAGGUCUCUGCCUCUCGUGAAGGAGCUC